UCGGUCGUCACUAUCGUGUCCAGUCGCGAGUUGCGACGACUUACAACAGUGAGACGCUGGCGGGCUAGCGCGGCGGACGACAUACCGGUGGAAGAGCGUGGCGAUCAUGGCGCGGGUGACAGUGCAGCAGGGCUUGCUGGAGGGCGAACUCCUUGACGCGGUCAGCGGGGACUGCCGCUACUACAGCUUCAAAGGCAUUCCCUAUGCGGAACCUCCCUUACGAACACUUAGGUUCAAGGCCCCAAAACCCCCGCUACCGUGGACGGGUGUAAGAAAAGCGAUUCAACACGGAUCCCCCUGUCCUCAAAAGGAUAUAUUUACCAAUGAACUGUUGGCCGGUUCGGAGGACUGCCUGUAUUUAAACGUUUAUUCGCCGAACUUGAAGCCCGAGGCACCACUGCCGGUUAUGGUAUUCAUCCAUGGCGGCGGAUUCAAGAGUGGAUCGGGCGACGUGGAUCAUUACGGACCGGAUUUUCUUAUGUGCCACGACGUCAUUCUUGUCACGGUUAAUUAUAGACUAGAAGCUCUAGGAUUUCUCUGCAUGGACACAGCUGAGGUCCCGGGCAAUGCCGGCUUGAAGGACCAAGUGGCUGCGCUGAGGUGGGUGAAGCAAAAUAUAGGGAGCUUCGGCGGCGAUGCUGACAACGUGACAGUGUUCGGCGAGAGCGCGGGCGGCGCCGCCACGGCGCUUCACGUACUCUCGCCGAUGUCCCGGGGACUCUUCAGGAGAGCGAUCCCCAUGAGCGGCGUGCCCUUUUGUGACUGGGCUACUAGCUUUGAACCUAGGAGACGCGCAUUCGUCCUGGGAAAGCAGCUGGGAUUAGAAACCACCGAUCCCCAGGAACUUUUAGAGUUCCUUCAAAACGUUCCCGUUGAAAAGUUAGUUGAUACCAACCCUUGCGUAUUAGUAUCCGAAGAAAUGGAAUCCAGCAAUCUGCUCAAAAUGUUCCAUUUUGGUCCAGUUGUAGAGAAAGACUUUGGGCGCGAACAUUUCAUAACAGAAGACCCCGACGUAGCAAUGAGGUCUGGUCGAGUCAACAAAGUGGACGUUAUGAUAGGAUAUACAAGCGAAGAAUCGUUGAUCGGUUUGCAAUAUAUCGUGAACAAACUCGUUAAAUCCUACAACCGAUAUCCCGAAAUGCUCGUUCCUAGAAAGAUUUUGUUGAAAUGCAACGCCGGGAUCGUGAUGCAGUUGUCGGAUAGAAUUCACAAACAUUACUUUGGAGAUAAGCCCAUAAAUAUGGACCAUAUCAAAAAAUUCGUAGAAUAUGCUUCUCAUACCACUUUCAUUUACGACAUACACAAGUAUGUUAAGCUUUUGCCUAAAAUUGGAACAAAGAUUUACAUGUACAAAUUCUCUUGCAUAUCUGAUAGAUGCAUUUACGGAAAAGAAGGAUUGAAAUAUGGUAUAGUCGGAACAUCACACCUCGAUGACCUGAUGCAUCUGUUCGACCCAAAACUGCACAACUUGUCACUCGACAAGGACAGCUCGACAUACAAGAUGAUUAAACAAACGUGUCAACUUUUUACGAACUUUGCCAAGUUCGGCAAUCCGACUCCCGACAGCACCCUGGGCGUGAAGUGGGCCGAGUACGACGAGAGCACCGGCGCUUAUCUAGACAUAGCGGAGCAGCUCACACCGGGCACGGGGCUCGACGCCGCCGCUGUCACCUUCUGGACUGGCAUAUACGAGGCGGCCGCCCUGCCUUGACCUCGCGAUAACCGACCGUAGCUUUCAGUUUUUCAAACAUUUUGUAGAAGUAUUUUUUUAUUUAAGUCAAAAUACAAUUAUCAUCAAGUUAAUAACUGCGUAGAUUGUAAGGAUGUUUUUCGUUUCGUUAU